GUCCUCCCCUGUGCUUUGGAGCGGUUUGUUCGACCCGUAGUAGAAACUGCUGGGCUGGAACUGGCCGCUGUGGCUCAGCGGAGGGGGAACAGACGGAGCAGAAGACAGGUGGGUAAAAGUGAUGUCAUGGCUGGCUCAGUCACCUCCAGUUCUAAAGAGCGUCCAGCUUCCAGAACCAGCUUCAUCCCAGAGCUGCAGAGCAUGAUGUUUGCUCUGGGAGACACCCGCAGGCCUCUGUAUGAAACUGCAGCCCUGGUAGAGGACAUCGUACACACACAGCUCAUCACCAUGCUGCAUCAGGCUAGUGAGGGCGCUGCUCUUCGAGGUUCAAGGGUCAUUUCAGCUGAGGACAUCCUGUUCCUGAUGAGGAGAGACAAGGGGAAGCUGGCGCGAGUGUUAAAAUAUCUUCAGUUUAGAGAUUACAAAUCCAAACUAUUAAAAAAUUUAGAGGAAGAGGAUGUGCAGCAGGAGCCAGGGGCUCUGGCUGCUGGGGGGAAUCAGCGCCGGCAGCGACUGGCCCAGGACUUCCUGGGGUGGAUGGACCAAACUGGAGAAUUCCUUUCAUUGGCUGAGAAACAGGAAAUUGACCCAGUCAAACAGGAGAGGAUGGAGCGUUUGGAGCGACACACUCGAAACAUGGAUCCGACUCAGUACGCAGAGUUCUGCGAGAGCCGCCAGCUGAGCUUCGCCAAGAAAGCUUCAAAGUUUCGGGACUGGCUGGACUGCAGCAGCCUGGAGCUGAAACCCAACAGCAUUGCCACGGAGAUCCUCUCAUACCUGGCCUAUGAGACGGUGGCUCAGAUUGUAGAUUUGUCUCUGCUAGUGAAGCAGGAGAUGACGGUGAAGACCAAUCCUGUCAGCCAUGUGAUCUCAGCCAGCUACAUCCACUACAACACACACACCGAGGUGAAGAAAGAUCCAGAUUCACCUGAGGCCACGCCCCCAUCAACUCCUGGCUCCUCCCACUCCUCGAAGCCCCUCCUACAGGGAAACGGCAGCAUGGACAGCCGAGCCAGACAGAGGAAACGGAAAAAGAGCUCUCCGGCCACAGUGGAGCCCCCUAGUGGAGCCAUCCAGCCGUGUCACAUCAGAGAGGCCAUCAGACGAUACAACUACAGACACACGACUGCAUACAGGAGGAGUGGGAUGGCUUUCCUCACCUGCUGAAGCAUCAGAGUUUAUAUCCAUUUUCUUGUUUGGUUCAUUUCUAGUAAUAAAGAGUUUAACAUGCA